GGGCAGUUCCCGGCGUGCAGUGCGCCGAGUGUGAGGAGUGUGAGGAGUGUGAGGAGCGUCUCUGGCGCGCGUCUCUGGCGGCGCUGCCUCGCUCGCAUCGAGGAGGAGGUUCCAGAGGGACCGGCGUCCGGAGAGGGUUCUUCGCGUCUCCUUAGCCCCUCCACGGGGGAUGGGAACUGCCACUAAAAUUAGAGCCCAUCAAAUGGCAAUAGAUAUCUUGAUUCAUGUGGUGUUAUACUGUAGUAGAGUACAGUGAUCUGGUGUGCUGCUCUGCAAUGUAAUAUCACUUAUUCAGCUUGUGGAUAACAGUGUUAUCCACAAUAACACCCCUUCAGAACCUGGGGUACCUUAUUUUUAAUAACUUCAUUGAUGGCAGAUCUUCAGCCUUUUGACAGUAGUCAGAAGUCUUUCAUAGCCAGGUUUGGUGAUUAAGUUUUAGUCCAUGAGUGCUGGUGGAAACAAUGGCUGUUAGCCUCAAAGAAAUAACCCUAAUAGUCAGCGUGGUUAUAGCCUGCUAUUGGAAUAGCCUCUUCUGUGGUUUUGUUUUUGAUGAUGUUUCAGCAAUAUUGGACAAUAAAGAUUUACAUCCUUCUACACCUUUAAAAAACUUAUUUCAUAAUGACUUCUGGGGAACCCCUAUGUCUGAGGAAAGAAGUCACAAAUCUUACCGUCCUUUAACAGUUCUGACAUUUCGUUUAAACUAUUUAUAUAGUGAAUUAAAACCAGUAUCUUAUCACCUGCUAAAUCUGAUUUUUCAUGCUGUGGUUAGUGUGGUCUUCCUUAAAGUCUGCAAAUUAUUUCUGGACCCCAGGAGUAGUAUAAUUGCCUCCUUGAUGUUUGCUGUACACCCUAUACACACAGAAGCGGUAACAGGUGUUGUAGGAAGAGCAGAACUUUUAUCAUCAAUCUUUUUUCUAACUGCAUUUUUGUCAUACACAAAAUCUAAAGGUCCAAAUAAUACCAUAGUAUGGACUCCAAUUUUACUGACUGUGAUUCUAGUAGCUAUUGCCACGUUAUGUAAAGAGCAAGGGGUCACUGUCGUGGGGAUAUGCUGUGUCUAUGAAGUAUUUAUAGCACAAGGAUAUACAUUGCCAUUAUUAUAUACUACUGCUAUGCAGAUUCUUCGUGGAAAGGGCAGUAUCCCUUUUUCUCUGCUGCAGAUACUGCUGAAACUUAUUGUCUUGAUGUUCAGCACACUAUUGCUUGUUGUGAUAAGAGUCCAGGUUAUUCAAUCUCAGCUUCCAGUAUUUACCAGGUUUGACAAUCCAGCUGCUGUAAGCCCAACUCCUACAAGGCAAUUGACUUUUAACUACCUCCUUCCUGUUAAUGCGUGGCUUCUGUUUAAUCCCUCAGAACUGUGCUGUGAUUGGACAAUGGGAACGAUACCACUUAUAGAGUCCUUUUUAGACAUUAGAAAUCUUGCCACAUUUGUUUUCUUUUGCUUUUUGGGGUCACUAUUAGUAUUCAGUGUUCGAUAUCCUGGUAAUUCCUCAAAGACUGUGUUAAUGGCACUAUGUUUAAUGGCAUUGCCAUUUAUUCCUGCAUCAAACCUCUUUUUCCCGGUUGGAUUUGUGGUUGCAGAGCGAGUGUUGUAUGUACCUAGCAUGGGAUUCUGUAUUUUAGUUGCUCAUGGAUGGCGGAAAUUAUCCAAAAGAAAUGUGCUAAAAAAGCUGUCCUGGGUUUGUCUGUCUAUAGUGGUGAUCACUCAUGCCUUAAAAACACUUCACAGAAACUGGGAUUGGGAAUCUGAGUAUACCUUGUUUAUGUCUGCCUUAAAGGUAAAUAAAAAUAACGCUAAACUGUGGAAUAAUGUGGGUCAUGCUUUGGAAAAUGAAAAGAAUUUUGAAAGAGCCUUAAAAUACUUCCUACAGGCAACACAUGUUCAGCCGGAUGAUAUUGGGGCCCACAUGAAUGUAGGAAGAACUUAUAAAAAUUUAAAUAGAACCAAAGAAGCUGAGGAAUCUUACAUGAUUGCUAAAUCACUGAUGCCACAAAUCAUUCCAGGUAAAAAAUACGCUGCACGAAUUGCUCCCAACCAUUUAAAUGUUUAUAUCAAUCUUGCUAACUUGAUUCGUGCAAACGAGUCUCGACUUGAAGAAGCAGAUCAGUUGUAUCGACAAGCAAUUAGCAUGCGACCAGAUUUCAAACAGGCCUAUAUCAGCAGAGGAGAAUUACUUUUAAAAAUGAACAAACCUCUAAAAGCAAAGGACUCAUAUCUUAGAGCAUUGGACCUUGACAGAAGCAAUGCAGACCUUUGGUAUAACUUGGCAAUUGUUAAUAUUGAACUUAAAGAACCAACUGAAGCCCUUCGAAACUUUGACCGGGCUUUGAAGAUGAAUCCUAAUCAUAAACUAGCACUAUUCAAUUCUGCCCUGCUCAUGCAAGAAUCAGGUGAAGCUAAAGUUAGGCCCGAAGCAAAGAAACGACUGCUCAGCUAUAUAAGUCAAGAACCCCAUGAUGCAAACGGCUACUUCAAUUUGGGGAUGCUGGCAAUGGAUGAUAAAAAGAGCAGUGAAGCAGAGAUGUGGAUGAGGAAAGCCAUCAAGCUGCAGGCAGGCUUCAGAAGCGCCUUGUUCAACUUGGCUCUUCUGUAUUCUCAGUCCUCGAAGGAGUUAAUGGCUUUGCCUGUCCUGGAAGAGCUCCUUCGCUACUACCCUGAUCACAUCAAAGGUCUCAUUUUGAAGGGAGACAUUCUGAUGAAUCAUAAGAGAGACAUAGUUGGAGCAAAGGAGUGUUUUGAAAAGAUUGUAGAAAUGGAUCCCAACAACGUCCAAGGAAAACACAAUCUUUGUGUGGUUUAUUUUGAGGAGGGGGAUUUAUUCAAAGCAGAAAAAUGCCUACUUGAGACACUCGAUUUAGCACCACAUGAAGAAUAUAUACAUCGUCAUUUGAAUAUAGUGAGAGUCAAAAUUUCGUCUUCUGGUGCUGGAGAACGGUUAUAUCUUCCACCAGCUGGGACCACACGUGUAGAAGGGGGCAAAAAAACUCAAUUUGAAAACUUAGAAGAAAUAAAAAGUGAACCUAAAUCUACCGAGACAAUGAAAAAUGAUAAUAACGAAAAUCAAUCUAAAUCAGACACACAAUUAGAAGAAAAUACAGACAAAGAAAACAAAAAAACAACGAAAGAAAUCAGUGACAUUGAAAAGAAAAGAGUUGCUGCUUUAAAAAGACUAGAGGAGAUUGAACGUAUUUUAAAUGGUGAAUAGCCUUAUUCUUUAUCGUGAUAACAAUGAUAUGGAAAAUACUUUAAUUUGUGGCAUUUAAAUUAAAGUGUGCUCAAACUGGGUGUUUUGAAAAAUGGAAAGAAUACAUAACACCCUAUAAUAAGUUGUUUCUCUAUCUGUGGAGAAUAAUAUAUCAACUAAAAUUUAUGUAUUGGGUUGAAUAUGGGGUUGUUCUGAAUAUGAGAGAAAUUUAUUAAGUCACAAGUGGAGAAAUCACUGUUUUUAAAGCCCAGGGGAAAGGUCUGAUGGCAGAAAUUUUUCAGAUGGAUAUUCUCAAUUAGAAAAUACUUUAAGAACUAGAUGGGGAUCCUACCGAACAAUUCCAAUAUGUGCAGCUUUAUUCCUUGCAACCCUUUUUUAUUUACCUAUUUCUUAUGGAUUUUAGUCAGUUUUCACCCAGUGGAAUCUGACUAGAUUAAAAAAAAUUACUUGACUAUAUUUUUUUUUCAGUGUAUCACUUGAUCCUCACUAAUCAAAAGCUUUCCUCUGUGAAAAAAACACUGGCUUAGUUUGUAUGUGGGGUUUUUUUUAGCAUUUGUUUUCAAAAGAAAUAAUGAAAAAAAAAAUUUUAAAGCAACUAAUGUGUAGGGUGUAAAUACAUUAUUUCAGUAUAUAUUUUCACAAUUGUACAGUUAUCCGGCAGUACUGUACAAAAAGUUUUUCAAGCCUCUGUAACUGAAAUAUAGCUUUCCAGUAGUACUCUUAGAUAAUUUUACUGCCUUUUCUUUUGAGAAAGCAUACUUAUUAUUUAGCACAACUGGUAAAUCAUACAAUUGUUAUAACUCCACAUUAUCCUUUGUCUUUCACUCCCAAAAAAUCCUUAAAUUUUAAUAUGUGCACCUUCAUAAGGCCAGAGGAUCACAGAUUUAGGACUGAAGGCCAUCUAGUCCAACUACCAUACUUUACAGAUUGAGGAAACCAAAGCCCAGGGACAUUGAUGUGCCUGAUGUCACAAGGGGAAGAGAGGUGGGAGAUAAAUGGUCCGUGGCCUCUAACUCUAAAGCUACUGAGCCUUCCAUUGUAUCAAGCUUCUUCCCAUAAUCUUGGACCAUAAUAGCAGUAGUUUUAUUUAAAGCUUACAACUGUUCUGUGGGCAGCUAGGUGACACAGUGGAUAGAGCACCCCGGAGCUUGAAUCAAGAAGGCUUACCUUCCUGAGUUCAAAACUGACCUUAGAUACUUCCUAGCUGUGUGACCUGGAGGAACUCACUUCACCCUGUUUGCCUCAGUUUCCUCAUCUGUAAAAUGAGCGGGGGAAGGAAAGGACAAACCACUCCAGCAUCUCUGCCAAGGAAACACCAAAUGGGGUCACAGAGAGUCAGACACAACUGAAAGGACUCAACAAAGUCCUUUCCCAAAGUCAUCUGGUCUUAUUUAAAGUAAUGAGGUUUAUGGUUUUAAAAUUAUAUGCUCAUUGAACAAAUAUUUAUUAAGCUAAUAUUUGUUGGCAGUUCAACAAUAAGCCACUAAAGCCAGUGUUAUUUAAUCGUGAGGAAAAGAAAAUGACUUCUGGUUUCUUUUUAAGCACUAAAUUCUGUUUUUUUGUUUUUUUUUUAAUUUUAAAUAUUUAUUUUGACUACUGAUUCAUUAAAAUGUCCAUUGUUUUAUUAAAUACAUCUGUUUUCAUUCCUUCUCUGUGAACGUUUUUCUCAGACAAUCAAACUACUAUUUCAAAGAGUUAUCUUUUCAUAUAUGUUUUGCUGGGUUAACUAAAAAUGCUUCCUUAUCCACCUUUGUCAGAUGUUUUCAAAAAUAUUGUGAAUAUCAUAAGAAUCAAUUUGAUGGUCAUUUUUAACUGUAACUUUCUGGAAUUUUAAACCCAGGAAAAAAAUAUACGUGUUUCAAAAUAAAUAAAAGUAAA